UCCGCGGGAAGGGGCGGAACCCGGAGGCGCGCGGCGCGCGGCUGGCUGUGCCUGCUGCUGUUGCUUUCAGCAUGGAGGAGCUGUAUGCCAAGUUUGUGUCUGAGAAAAUCAGCAAAACCCGCUGGCGGCCGGUGCCUCCGGGGAGCCUGCAGACCGCCGAGACCUUUGCCACGGGCUCUUGGGACAAUGAGGAGAAUCACGUUUCACUGUGGUCUAUCGGAGAUUUCGGAAACCCGGACUCUGAUGGAAGCCUGGAAGGAGACCAUCGACUGUUGUGCGAUAUCAAACACCAUGGUGACGUCAUGGACUUACAGUUUUUUGACCAGGAAAGAAUUGUAGCUGCUUCAUCAACAGGAUGUGUAACAAUUUUCCUUCACCAUCCAAAUAACCAGACUCUAUCAGUCAGCCAGCAGUGGACAACAGCUCACUACCACACGGGUCCUGGCAGCCCUUCCUACUGCAGUGCACCUUGCACAGGGGUUGUGUGCGACAACCCAGAAAUUGUCACAGUUGGAGAAGACGGUCGCAUAAAUCUCUUCAGAGCGGAUCAUAAGGAAGCUGUGAGAACUAUAGACAAUGCAGACAGCAGUACACUCCAUGCUGUCACCUUCCUUCGCACUCCUGAGAUUCUCACGGUAAAUUCAAUUGGACAAUUAAAAAUAUGGGAUUUCCGACAACAAGGAAAUGAGCCCUCUCAAAUAUUAUCACUGACUGGUGACCGAGUGCCACUCCACUGUGUCGAUAGACAUCCCAACCAGCAGCAUGUUGUAGCGACCGGUGGCCAGGAUGGAAUGUUGAGCAUUUGGGAUGUUAGACAAGGUACCAUGCCUGUGUCACUGCUGAAGGCUCACGAGGCUGAGAUGUGGGAAGUUCACUUCCACCCCUCCAAUCCCGAUCAUCUCUUCACGUGUUCUGAAGACGGAUCCCUCUGGCACUGGGAUGCCUCCACAGAUGUCCCUGAAAAGUCAUCACUCUUUCAUCAAGGAGGAAGAACUAGUACUUUUCUGUCUCAUGGCAUUAAUCACCAGGCUAAUGCUCACCAGUCUCUUACAAGUUCCUGGCUCAGCACCGAUCCUGCAAAAGACCGAAUUGAAAUCACCAGUUUGCUUCCCAGUAGGACUUUGUCUGUGAACACUCUGGAUGUUUUAGGUCCUUGUCUUGUUUGUGGAACUGAUGCAGAGGCAAUUUACGUUACCAGACAACUGUUUUCCUGAAAGUGUGCAACUACAAGAUUUCAGGUACAGCGUUCAGUUAGCCUUUUGAAACCCAACCUGUGUACUAAGUUUUAUUAUCAGAAAAUGUGAGAUUUGCAGCAGAAAUAUCAAUAAACUAUUGUUAACAUCAA